AUGGAUGACUUGAAGGUAAAGAUAGAUUCUUUGACUAGAGAGGUUCGAGAUCUUAGCAAGGAACUACGUGAGGGGUAUGAGGAAAUAAAGAAGCUAAGGGCAAAAGCCAGAGAACAAAGAGAAGAGAUAGUACAAAAAGACGACAAGGUUGAAGAGUUAAAUGUAUACAUAUCGAAAUUAAAAAAGCAAAUUGAUGAAAGGACUAAGGAGGUUGGGAAUAGGGAAAGGGCUAUUAUGAAUGAAUGCAGAAGGAAAGAGUUGUUCAACGACAAAGUACUUGGAAGCUCUAGGAGUCGAGGAGAAUAUUAUAUUAGCUUAGAAAUGAAAGUACUUAACACACGAGUCGAAAUAAUGAGAAGGUUUAUUCUUGAGAUUUCAAAAAGGUUUGGGUUUGAUUUUGAGAUCUUUGAUGAGCUUUCGAGGAUAUCUGAGAACUCUGAUGAUCCGGUUAUAUCUGCACUUCUAGAUAGCAUUUCCCCAGAUAGACAACCACCUCAGGAGAAGAGAAAAUAG